AUGGCGUAUAACAAAACCUUCAACCCGGAUGCGCUACCUGCGCAUGCGGAACCAGAACAGGCCGCUCAGAUGCUGGGAAGCAUGCAAUCGCCAAAACCGUCGAGCCAUUCACACGGGCAAGGCCCUCCGCCUAAUAACAGUCACCCUCCGCGCACAUAUACCAACAUUCCUCCCCGACAACCGCAGCAGCAGCAGCAGUACUACCAGAAUUAUGCGCCAGGCCCAGGUCCGCCCAAUCUCAGCAGUAGCCCAAACCAUCGGAUAUACUCUCCUCCUCCGCAGAGCUACGGCCAAGGUCCUCGACCAGUUCAGCCCGCACAGAAUCGCCCUACGCCCUCGUCCUUACCCCCACGAACACCACAUCCGGGCGUUCCGGGCCAGCCUGUGUCAGAUAGCCCACAGCACUUAUUCCCCCUCUUCCGCGCUGCCAAUGCCUCAAACACGGGCUCGCUGUCGGAAUCGGAGCUAGGCUCCGCAUUAGUCAAUGGCGACUACACUUCUUUCGACCCCCACACGGUUAGAAUGAUGAUCCGCAUGUUUGACAGAGACGGAAAUGGUCGGGUGAACUUUGACGAGUUCGUCGCUCUUUGGCGUUUCCUUGCUGCCUGGAGAGAGCUCUUUGAUCGUUUUGACGAGGAUCGAAGUGGUCGGAUCAGCCUUUCGGAGUUCAGCAAGGCACUAGUUGCGUUUGGGUACAAACUAAGUCAAUCGUUUGUGAACCUGCUCUAUAGGACGUUCGAAAGCAAAGGCCGCAAAAGAGCCAUUCCUGCCGGGGCGAAAGGAAGCGACGGAAUGAGCUUCGACCUAUUCGUUCAGGCGUGCUUGACUCUGAAGAGAAUGACUGAUGUGUUCAAGAAAUACGAUGAUGACCGAGAUGGAUAUAUUACAGUGAGCUUUGAAGAGUUUUUGACGGAAAUACUUCAACUUCGAGAAUGA